UUUCUGCCAAGACGAUCUCCUGAAUAACUGGUAGGAAGUUUUUCUCAUACAACGUUAGUUGAUUUUGUGAAUCCUCAGUCCAAGAAUUGUGUUGAAAUGGGUUUCAGAUUAGGAUACAGAAUAGUGAAGAUCUGGAGAUGGAUAAAACUCUCUGGGAAGUCUAAAUCAUAUGCUCCCCUGCGCCUAAAAAGCGGAAAGUCCGUAGGCCUGCGCAUUGGAGGAAAGCUUUGCAGAAGAUGGGUUAACAGUCAAGAGCUCUUGAAGUCUUCUGAUUUCAUUGAGUGCUCACAAGAUGCCCAAAUUCGCCAGAUUCGUCUUCCUCAGUUGGAAUCACAGUGGUUGAAUUCACUCCGCUGGCAAUCUUAUCUCCCCCAUUUCAUCCAGGGCUAUAAAAGAGGCUUAGAUUUAAUGGAGCCCAAAUGUUCCAAACAACAAGUUCCCAAGGGAUAUUUGGCUGUGGAGGUUGGACAGGGAGCAGAGCAUGAGCGUUAUGUGAUUCCAGUGGUGUACUGUAACCAUCCUCUGUUUAGAGAAUUGCUCAAGGGGGCAGAGGAGGAAUAUGGAUUCAAUCACAGAGGACCCAUCACUAUACCCUGUAAACUUGAUCAUUUUCAUAGUGUGCAGAAGCUCAUUCAGACCCACCAGGCUCGGAGUUACUAGUUUUGUCGAAUCCCAGGUGAUUUUGCUUUCAAAAUAGUGUAAAAAUGUUUGGGUAUAUGUCAUGGUGAUGGCAUGAAGUAAAGAAAAGUAAAGCCAGUCACCAUAAUUUUUUCAGGUUUUGCAUUGGAUUCCUUUUGUAGUUUCUUCGUUUCCAGAUCUGUAACGCGUGUGGGAUAAAUAUAUGUAUCGUUUUCAA